AUGGAAGCUAUUCCAAAGAUUGAGGUGAAGGCGUAUUUUUACCUCGCCAUGAAAUUCGACGAGUUUUACGUCACCAUUGACGAAUUUGUGAAAACAAGAAGGCUACUUCUUAAUUUAAACGUGGAGACGAUUCGCGAGUCUGCAGGUCAAGGUCAGGUUUUUCAGAAAAGCACUUCUAUCGGGCGUUCUGCUUGUCUAUCACUUUUUCGAUAG